GCAGACAUGUCCAUAGCACUCAAGCAAGUCUUUAAUAAGGAUAAAACUUUCCGCCCAAAACGCAAAUUCGAACCUGGGACCCAGAGGUUUGAACUUCACAAACGAGCACAGGCCUCUCUGAACUCAGGCGUGGACUUGAAAGCAGCUGUGCAGUUGCCCAGCGGAGAAGACCAAAAUGACUGGGUGGCUGUCCAUGUUGUUGACUUUUUCAACAGGAUCAACCUCAUUUAUGGAACUAUCUGUGAGUUCUGCACAGAGAGGACAUGCCCAGUUAUGUCUGGAGGCCCUAAGUAUGAGUACCGGUGGCAGGAUGACAUGAAGUACAAGAAGCCCACACCAUUGCCAGCACCUCAAUAUAUGAAUCUUCUCAUGGACUGGAUUGAGGUGCAAAUCAACAAUGAGGAUCUAUUUCCUACAAGUGUUGGUGUUCCCUUUCCAAAGAACUUCCUUCAGAUCUGCAAGAAGAUACUCUGCCGGCUUUUUCGAGUGUUUGUUCACGUCUACAUCCAUCACUUUGACCGUAUCAUCCUUAUGGGGGCUGAGGCCCAUGUCAAUACCUGUUACAAGCAUUUUUAUUACUUUGUGACAGAGCUCAACCUCAUAGACCGCAAAGAACUAGAGCCUUUGUACGUGUUUGUGAAGGAAAUGAGUGUGCUAGAUCCAGAGUUAGAUCUGGAUCUAAAUGAGAUAGAUGAGAUAGGAACACUUGAUACACCCUCUAAGUGUGUCCUAAGGGACAGAAAGAAGGCCUGA